AUGUUAGUUGUAGAAGCUGCACCAAUCUCACCUGAUCAUCCGAUAUUAAAAUCUAAAUUAAAUGUACUUGAAAAAGUAAAUAAUGAACAUUCUGGAAUUAAUUAUAGAAUUGAUAAUGAUACUGAUCAAUGUACUACUGUGGAUAAUCGAUCAUUUAGUAAAAGGAAAUCGAAAGUUUCUACUUCGAUUGUUUCAUUGUUUAUUAGUCCAGAUCGAAAUGAUACAAUAAUUCAAGGAUCAUUUCUAUUGUCUUUUCAUCAUAGGGCAUUGAUUGGUGUUGAAGUACCAUUCAUAUAUUUUUCUGUUGGUUGUGAUUUAAAUCAUCUUAUUCUUGAUGAACAAUAUCGAAAUCGUUUUGAAAAGAUUACAUCUGAUGGUCGCAUAAUCAAUAAAAUUGAUUGUACAUCAACAAUCACAAGUAAUCAUAAUAAUGGUUUAGAUCUGAAUACAUCAUUGCAUAGAGAAGAUGAAGAAUCGAAUGAUAAUGAUGAUAUCAAUAGUCAUUCGAGAAGGAAAUCAAUGAAUAGUGAAGUGAAUGAUGGUGAUGAAUCAACAACUCAGAAUAAAGUACAUUAUACUGAUAGAUGUGUAAUGCAAAAUUUUAUUGGUCUUGAGGAUGCUGAUGAGAAAACACGUGAAGCUAUGCUAAAUUUCAGCUAUUAUUUAGCAUUAGUUGAAAUGGAUUCUGCAUUUAGAGCCAUAAAAUUGAUUAAAAGUCUAGUAGUUUGGCAGAAUAUGGCUAAAAUGUGUGUUACUACUUGUCGGUUGGAUGUUGCUCGUGUUUGCUUAGGAAAAAUAAAUAAUCCAAUGGGAUCGAAAAUGUUACGUGAAUUUAAAAGUAAAGAACCAGAAUUAGAAGCUCAAGCAGGAGAAUUAGCUUUACAAAUUGGUAUGACUGAGGAGGCUGAACAACUAUUCAUUCAAUGUAAUCGUUGGGACUUGGUAAUUCGUUUACAUCAGUCGCUUGGUAAUUGGAACAAAGCUUUGAUAACGGCUGAACAAAAUAAUCAUGUUAUUACUUAUAUUAAAUCAGGAACUUAUCAGUUUGAAGUUCCUAGAAUGUUACAAAAUAAUCCAGAAUUAUUAGAAUCAUUUGUGAAUAAACAAAAUGAUCAAAAUAUCAAAAGUUGGUGGGCAAAAACACUAGAAGCUCAGGGGCGUCUCGAAGAAGCGAAAACGUAUUAUUCUAACUCGAAAGAUUACCUAUCAUUAGUACGUGUACUAUGUUGUCUUGGUGAAGAAUCAGAAGCUGAAAUAAUAUGUAAUGAAACUGAUGAUCCUGGUGCUUGUCAUCAUUUAGGGAAUCAUUUAAAAUUGAAAGGUUGUAUAGAUCAAGCAAUUCGUUUAUUGACAAGAGCAAAAGCUUAUUCAAGUGCAAUACGUUUGUGCAACGAACAUAAUCGUAAUGAUCAUCUUUUUAGUUUAGCUCAAUUAGGCAGAUCAGAUGAUAUAUUAGAAUCAGCAAAACAUUUGGAAAAUUAUCCUGAUUAUAUUGAUAAAGCAGUAUUAUUAUAUCAUAAAGCUGGUAAAAUUAAUCGUGCUAUAGAAUUAGCAAUUAAUAAUCAUCAGUUUGAUGCUUUACAAACUAUUAUUAGUUCUUUAAAUGAUGAACAAUUAGAUUCAGUUAUGUUAAAAGAAUGUUCAGAAUUCUUUAUACAAAAUAAUCAAUUUGAUCGAGCUGUUGAAAUACUUGCAGCCGGUAAACAGUAUUUGGAAGCCAUUCAAUUAUGUAAUGAAUAUGAUAUUCCAAUUACAGAAGAUCUAAUUGAAAAACUUACACCAAUAACCAAUCAUUUAUCUAAUCAUGAUCUAUCAAAUAUAUUUAUAAAAUUAGGUGAAUUAUGUUUAAUAAAUGAAUAUUAUUAUUUAGCAUGUAAAAAAUUCACUCAAGCUGGUAAUAAUAUAUUAGCUAUUAAAUCAUUAAUUAAAUCAGCAAAUUAUUUGCGAACAAUAAAUAAUUGGCAUAAAAAUAUAAAUAUAAUACGUAAUAUUAUACAAUUUUAUAUACGUGGACAAGCAAUGGAAUCAUUAAUUACAUUUUAUGAAAUAUGCGCUCAUAGUAAAAUCGAAGAAUCUGGCAAUUAUGAAAAAGCAUUGGAUGCAUUAACUGAAGCAUAUAAAGUCUUAGUUAAAUUAUCAAGUUCAACUACAAAUGAUGAUAAUAAUCAAACAAAUGAAUGUCAUCUUAAGAAACGUCUAACUCAAAUAAUAAAGAAGACAAUAUUAUGCAGCGAGUUUAUAGAAAUUCAGAAGUUGUUUUCUACAAACCCAAUAGAUGCAAUGCAAAGAUGUUAUACACUUUUAGAAAAUAUUGGGCAAGAUGAUAUAUUGAGACCUGGAGAUAUUUAUUCUUUAAUAAUACGUGGAUUAGUAAUGGAAGAGAAGUAUAAAGCUGCAUUGACAUGUCUCAAUGAAAUGAAAGAGCGAAUUGGAGAUAACAUUAUUUUCCGAUAUUUGGAUCACGAAAUUUUGGAGAAAAUUUACAAGACGCUAAACUUAACCUCAACUGAAUAUGAUAAGCACACUUCAGAUAAGAUCACGAUUGAAAACGACGCCUUAGACACGCCUACAUAUGAGGGUAAUGCAAUUGAUGGAAACGUAAGCGACGAAACGAAUGACUGUUAA